AUGCAGGAGGCAGGACAAUCCCCUUUGUCCGAGAACCUACUAACACAACCAUUUCCAAGGAAAUGUUCCCUCCCGACGUUCACAACCCCAUUCACUGGAAUCGGGGAUGCAAUUGAACAUCUUAGAACUUAUCGCAUGACACUAACCCAGUGGGAUCGAUACGAUGUGGUGUUGUGUAAGUUUUCCCCAUCUAAUCUAAGAGACGAGACCCUAAUGUGGUUCAAUAAUUUUUCUAGAGGAUCAGUUAGAUCAUUCGCUCACCUAUCCGAGCUGUUCUUAGAAACAUACAUUCACAAUAGUAGAGUCAAGCCUGAAGUUGACGCACUGUUCCAGUUGAACCUAGGACCAAAUAAAUCGUAUAUUCGUUGUAGAAAACUAUGCGCCGAGAUCGUAAGAGUCCCGGAGGCCUACGCAAUCUUGGGCUUCAAAAAUAGUCUGAGAAAGACAGACCCUAUAUUCGUCCGCAUGUAUGAAAUCAUGCCAAAGAAUCUGGGAAAGUUAAGAGAAAUCCAGAAGGACUAUGUGUCUCUUGAAGAACUUAAAGACGGUACCUAUGAUAAACUGGUAAAAGGAAGCAGUAGAGGAGCAAAUAUGGUAGAACCACCGAACCCCCAGGUGCCAGCCCAAGGAGCAGGGCGACCCAACAAUGGGUCAACCCAGUUCGAUAAACAUCGGAGUGGAGGAUGGAAAGGGCGAGACCAAGCCCAACAAAAGAAAGGAAAAUUUGUGGACCCAGUCUACACAAAACGAAACACCCCCAUAUCCGAGAUCCUUAAGAAGAUCGACGGGAAAUACAAAAUCACUUACCCAUAG